AUUUCUUCGGUCGCCUUCUGCCAGUUGCCUAGUGACUCCACUGAUGGAUUUCUGCUUUUCAAAAUCUCAUCUCCCCAUUACGCGAGUGUCCAACUUUUACAGAACACAUUUCAUGAUUUUUUGUCGCCUUUCCAGCUGCCUCAUGGGUCGCAUAAAAAAGUCUCCUCUCGGAGCGAAUGUUGAGUAACUUCUGUGUCGUCCGGCGUGGUUAUGAAGAGCCUUGAAGAAAGAUGGAUAAAUAUAUUUUUAUCAGGGUGGUUGGGAAAGGGAGCUACGGGGAGGUGAACCUUGUGAAGCACAAAACAGACCGAAAACAGUAUGUCAUCAAGAAACUCAAUUUAACCACCUCCUCAAAACGGGAACGUCGGGCUGCAGAGCAGGAGGCGCAGCUUCUGUCCCAGCUGCGGCAUCCCAACAUUGUAACAUACAGGGAAUCCUGGGAAGGAACGGACCUCCAACUAUACAUAGUGAUGGGCUUCUGUGAAGGCGGCGAUCUCUACCAUAGACUCAAACAGCAAAAGGGAGAGCUGCUACCAGAGAGGCAGGUCGUGGAGUGGUUUGUCCAGAUUGCCAUGGCACUCCAGUACCUUCAUGAAAGGAACAUUCUCCAUCGGGAUCUUAAAACGCAGAAUAUAUUUUUGACAAAGACCAACAUAAUCAAAGUUGGGGACCUCGGCAUCGCACGAGUAUUGGAGAACCAGAAUGAUAUGGCCAGCACGCUUAUCGGGACCCCUUACUACAUGAGUCCAGAGCUCUUCUCUAAUAAACCGUACAAUCACAAGUCAGAUGUCUGGGCCCUGGGUUGCUGUGUGUAUGAAAUGUCGACACUAAAACACGCCUUCAAUGCCAAGGAUAUGAACUCACUGGUUUAUCGCAUUGUGGAAGGAAGGCUACCACAGAUGCCAAGUAAGUACGACCCCCAGCUCGGAGAGUUAAUCAAGAGCAUGUUGUGUAAAAGGCCAGAAGACAGACCAGAUGUCAGACUUAUCCUACGGCAACCUUACAUCAAGCGACAAAUUGCCAUGUUCCUUGAGGCUACCAAGGAAAAAACUGCUAAGUCAAGAAAGAAAGUUGCUGGUGGCAGAAGUGACAUCAGAAGCAACGAUGUAGCCGAUGUGGCGCAGCCUCAGCCAAAAUCUGAGCGACAACCUCCAAGUCCUCAGCCGGAGUCAAUUCCCAGGUUGAAACAGAAAGAGAAAUCACAACUCCCCCAAAAUCACAAUGGUCCCACAGAUUGUAACCCGGUUCAGACAACUCCACCGCCCAGGCAGUCUUCACCCGAUGUUCUCAAAAGCAGCAUCACAUCCAUGGCAACCAUCAGCAAAAUCCACGUUGACGUGUAUCCACAGGAGGAUGCAGAUGCCAUAAAGAGGCCAUCAGAGACACCUCAGUUAGCUGUGGCACGCCAUCAGGAUGAGAAAAAGCAGCCCUCUGACUCUUGUACGCAUCUUAAGCCACCACUAAAGCCUGUAUCAGUAGCUGGCAAAAGGGUAGGAGAUGAGAGAAAAGUAUCAAACGGCUUUCGUACAUUUCGGGACACCUUUUCCGUCGUUGAGAAAAAGGUGGCAGCUAAUGAUGACAGAGAGGACACACUGGAGCUCCUGAAAGAAGCGAACAUGCCGGAACCAAAACUCGAAGUGGAGCACGUAACCGAUUUUGAGAAGAAAGCGGCACACCAAAUCUCCUUGGAAAACGUGGAGACAAAUACGAAGUGUAAAAAUGAUUCGGCAAAACUUGUCAACGGAGCUUCAACACGCCAAGCAGACAUACAAGAUGAUUUGGAAUCGACAGAAAAGCUGCUUGAAGCAUUGCCUCCAGCAGUUGAACCUCCUGAACAAGAGUUGCCCUUACAAAACAACACGCAGAAUGUAAGCAGUGCUCGGGUUCUCCCAGCUCAAGAACCCGCAGUCUCGCUUGAGUACAGCGGGAGGGACGCAAGACAGACCGAUGGUGAUCAGCAAAAGACGAUAACUCGCAGACCUCUGCCUCCACGUCCUGUCCAACCGUCGUUAGAACCCAGGAAGAGAAGCUCGGAGAGCAAGAAAUCAAAUCAGAAUGAAACAUCUAAAUCAUGUGGAGAUCAUGUGGAUCUGCCAAAGGCUCGUCCUCUAUCUGCCAGAGAGAGAAGACGACUGAGGCACUCGAAAGACAUUGCCUGCCAAUCAGGUGCCGAAAGAUCAUCUCAUGAUGUCACCGGUUCCGAGGCCCAAAUCUGCAACACUCCAGUUUCCAACUCUAUUUCAGACUUUAUUACUCAGACCAAUAAGCGGGAAAAGGAUGAAGAUGAACCCAGCUCUUCCACAAGCUCCACAGAGCAUGCAGAGGGAGAUGGCAUGGAAAGAAGAGCCGAAUCCAAAGACAUGCAAGAUUUAGUCCACAUGAUGACCCAAACUUUGAGGAUGGUUGGUGGAAACGAGGGGGACAAACAUGGAUUUGGCUCUACAUUGCUGCCAGAAUUCAAAUUUAACAGGAAGUACAGGGACACCCUGGUGCUCCAUGGCAAGGCUCGACAGGAAUCAGAGAACUUGUCACUGGGUGAAAUCCCCAUAGGCUCCAAGUCUGGUCCAGCCAAGAUCAGGAGGGCCAUCGAGCUCCUGAGAACUGAUGUGGUGAAGGGCCUGGGAGUCAAGCUCUUGGACAAAGUCCUGGAAAUCAUGGAGAAGGAGGUGGAUGACGAUAAGCGAGAAUUGUGCCUUCGUCAGCAGAUGGGGGAUGACAAGUAUCACGCUUAUGCUGUGAUGGUGAGGCAACUGAAAUUCUUUGAGGAGGUCGCGUUAGAGGUUUAGAAAAAGAACUGACGUCAGAGCUUUCACCAAUGAGGCAAGUGCCAUGACAAGUGCCACUUCCUGUCUACAGAAAGAUUCUCAUUUAUAUUUCUUGCGUCCAUUUUUGCAUCGACACCAUGCAAAACAAUGACAUGUAAAUAACCGAGUAUCAUUAUUUAUAGCCUUAUCUUGCAGUUUUGUAUUUUUCACAAUGUCUAUGCAAACAUCUUCAAUUACGUUGAAAGGACUUCAAGUAACUUGCUAUAAUCGAGUACUUAGUUUAAUUUAUUAUGUGAGCCAGAAUAUCAUUAAUAGAAUAAGACUUAUUUUCAUUUGUCUUAUACACAAUGUAGACGCAUUGUAUCAUAGAUAUUGACAAUAAAAUUAUUUCUGAUAAA